CCGUUGCUGCGGCGCCGUCGGAGCGCCGUCGCGCUGCAGCCUGGGAGGAGAUUGGGCUGUGCAGCGGCAGGCGGUGCGGGUUACAAUGACUGCAUCAAAUAAAGCAUUGGAGCUUCAGCUGCAGAUAAAGCAAAAUGCUGAAGAACUGCAGGAUUUUAUGAGAGAAUUGGAGAGCUGGGAAAAGGAUAUUAAAGAAGUUGAUUCUGAAUUGAGGAAACAGAGUGGUGUCCCAGAAGAGAAUUUACCACCCAUUCGAAACAAAACUUUUAAGAAAAAGAAGAAAAGCAAAAGUAAAGUCCCAUCAAAGACAACCACUGAGGAAAACAAGAAAAACAAGAUCAAGUCUUAUGAUUAUGAAGCUUGGGGAAAACUCGAUGUGGAUAAAAUACUGGAAGAACUUGAUAAAGACGAUAGUACUCAUGAUUCUGUAUCUCCAGAAUCAGACUCUGAAGAAGAUGGAAUUCAUAUAGAUAAAGAAAAGGCUCUUGCAGAGAAGGAAAAGGGUAACAAAUACUUUAAACAAGGAAACUUUGAUGAAGCUAUAAAGUGCUACACUAAAGGGAUGCAUUCUGAUCCAUUCAAUCCAGUACUGCCUACAAACAGAGCAUCUGCUUUUUAUAGAAUGAAAAAGUUUUCUGUUGCAGAAUCUGAUUGCAAUUUAGCACUUGCUUUAGAUAAAAAUUAUACAAAGGCUUAUGCCAGAAGAGGGGCUGCUCGUUUUGCUUUGAAAAAUUUUCAAGGUGCUAAAGAAGAUUAUGAAAAAGUUUUAGAGCUGGAUGCCAACAACUUUGAAGCAAAAAAUGAACUGAAGAAAAUAGAACAGGCUCUAUCAUCUGAAAGCUCAAAACAAAAAGAGUUUGAAGAAGCAGCCAAAUCAGAAUUAACAGACAAUGAGAGAAGGUGCAUUGAAGAAGAGCAGCUCAAGCAGAAGGCUGUUAUAGAAAAAGAUUUGGGUAAUGGUUAUUUCAAAGAAGGAAAGUAUGAGGCUGCUAUAGAGUGUUAUACACGUGGUAUAGCAGCAGAUGGCACCAAUGCACUUCUGCCAGCUAACAGAGCCAUGGCCUAUCUCAAGAUACAGAAAUAUGAAGAGGCAGAAAAUGACUGUACACAAGCUCUUCUGUUAGAUGCAUCAUACUCUAAAGCUUUUGCUAGAAGAGGAGCUGCAAGAGUUGCUCUUGGAAAGCUAAAAGAAGCUAUGCAAGAUUUUGAAGCUGUUUUGAAGCUGGAACCUGGAAAUAAACAAGCAAUAAAUGAACUCACUAAAAUAAGGAAUGAAUUAGCUGAGAAAGAACAGUCAUGUCAUGAAGAAUAUCCUCCAGAAUUGAUAAAAGAAUCCGAAAUAAAAAAUGUAGUGAAACUCAUUCAUAAUCCAUUAAAUCAGAGAUCAACAAAGCCUUUGCGGAGAAUAGCCAUUGAAGAAGUUGAUGAUGACAUGCUGAGUAGUGAUUUCUCCAGCUCUUCUUCUUUAGUUCAUAACUGGAAGAAUUCAGUGAAUAUUGAAACAACAGAGAAUCUAGAUCAGGACAAUCAGUUAACUUCAGUGGACAUUCCAAAAGCAAAGCAAUUGAAAAUCGAAGAAAUCACAGAUGUGUCGUCACCACAGCUUCCUGCUGGUGUCAAAGGAAUUUCAUCAGUAUUGCAUCCAUCUGUGAACAAGCAGAUAGAUAGAGAAAGCAAAACAUCAUUUAGAUCUGCAUCUCCAGUCCCUGCCAUUCCUGCAAAUUCUUUCCAGCUUGAAUCUGAUUUCAGGAAGUUGAAAGAGUGCCCAGAAAAAAUGUACUUGUACCUGAAGCAAAUAGAGCCUUCGAUUUAUCCAAAACUGUUCCAGAAAUCCCUAGAUCCAGACUUGUUCAACCAGAUAAUGAGAAUUCUACAUGACUUCUACAUUGAGAAAGAGGAGCCAUCACUCAUCCUUGAAAUCCUCCAAAGGCUAUCUGAAUUAAAAAGAUUUGAUAUGGCAGUAAUGUUUAUGUCAGAAUCAGAGAAGAAAAUUACACAGGUACUAUUCAGUCAUGUGAAACACAUGGGAUUGAAAGAUGCUUCUGUUGAAGAACUGGAGAAGAAAUACGCCGUAUUCUCUUAGUGAGUUUCCUGACAACUACACGUGUGAAUUGCUCUGUUUCCAUGCUUCCGUCAUGUUGAACUCAGCUGAAGAAUCCUAUAAAGACUGGAGUUUGGUUGCUUUUGUAUAUGUGGUUAGAUUCUUAAAGUUAAUUCAUCCAAAUGGCCAGUGCCUGGAGAGAGAAUUUCUUAGUUCUGCAGACACAUUUACUUUCCAGCACCUGAAACAAUACAGAUUUACUUAUCUUCAGUGGAAUCUGUUAAAAAAUGAUGAAUAGUGUUCCAGAUUGCAACUGCAGAUGGAGAUCUUUAUUAAAAAGAAAAAAAUUAUAUUUAUGAACAUUCUUUUGGUAAGAAUCAAAUGAUGUGUAAGAUUUUUUUUUUUUAUUUCAGAAAAUAAAAUAAAUGUUGAGCUAAAAUAUCA